AUGAGUAAACCUGGUUUCUCAUUUGGCCUCAAAAAGGCCGGCCCUGCAAAACCUGCUCCCGCGCCCCGAAAACCCGCGCCCUUUGGCGGGGGCGACGACGACGGCUCGGGAGACGAGUCAGGGCCAAAGAACGCCGCGCAGGUUUCGGAGCUCGACGUAUUCAACACAUCAUCAGAACCCUCGGCACCCAGCGACACGCCGGACCGGAGGAAAAAGCCGACCUCGAAGCCCCUCAAGCCACCACAGCCGCCCGUGACCGCGCCAGAAGCCAACCAAUUCACCGACCUCUCGAGCGCCCUCACCUCGCGCAAAUACGCCGCCGAGGCUGCCGAGGCCGAUCCGUCCAUCUACGACUACGACGCCGCGUACGACUCCUUCAAGGCGGCCAAGGCGGCCGCCAAGAAAGCCGCCGAGAACGGCGGCGAGGCGGGCGGCGGUCCGGAGAAGAAGCCGCGCUACUUCCAGGCGCUGCUCAGCGCCGCCGACCAGCGCGAGCGGGACCGGCAGAUCGCCGAGGAGCGGCGGCUGCAGCGGGAGCGGGCGGCCGAGGGGGACGCGUUCGCGGACAAGGAGAAGUUCGUUACGGAGGCGUACCGCCGGCAGCAGGAGGAGAACCGGCGGCUGCGGGAGGAGGAGGAGCGCCGGGAGGAGGAGGAGCGCAAGCGGAACGCCGGCCGCGGGCUGGCCGACUUCUACAAGGGCAUGCUCGAGCGCGGGGAGAGGGAGCACGCGGCGCUGGUCAGGGCUGCCCAGGAGGGGGUGCGGCCGCCGGCGGCGCGGGAUGGUAGCGGCGAAGGGGGACAGGAGGAAGAGGAAGAGGAAGAAAAGAGCGCGGCGGAUCGGGCGAGAGAGAUCAACGCCAAGGGUGGGAAUGUGUUGAUCAACGACGAGGGCGAGGUGGUCGAUAAGAGGCAGCUGUUGAAGGGCGGGCUGAACGUGGCGGCCAAGAAGAAGGCCGAGGUGCAGCGGGAGAAGGAGAGGCAGGCACAAGCCGCGGCUGCGUCGGCGAGGGCGGGAGCGGGCGCGCAGCCCAGAGGGGGGGUGUAUGCCGCCGGCGGGAAGAGGGCGAUGCGGGAGCGCCAGUCGAAGAUGCUGGAGGCCCAGCUGGAGGAGUCGCUCAAGCGGUCGAGGCAGGAGGCCGAGGAGGAGGCGGCCAAGGUGCAGCUUGCCAGCAAGAGCAGGAAGACCGAGGCCGAGAUCUCGAGCGCCAGGGAGAGGUACUUGGCCAGGAAGAGGGCUGCGGAGGAGGCGAAGAAGAAUGGCGAAGUCCCCUGAGAUCGAGGACAUCCGGAUAUUUUGCUUUCUUUCGACACGAUACCCCCCCCCCCCCCCGGCCCCUCCCCGGUGCGGUUGCGGACGGCUACGGCACGCUGCUGUGCUAUGUUGAUCGAACAUGAGCUCUCCCUGUAACUAAUAGACUCCAAAAAAAAAUUGUUCGCAGAG